UGGUAGCAGGACGAGAAGCUUUAAGGAUUACAGCAGAGAAACCUUCCCCCAUCCUGGCGUAUCGAGUGCAGAACAGUGUAUUCAAUGAACGCUAAUAACAGCGUGUGAAUUUAAACUGAUGAUCAGCGGAAAGUUCCAGUUGACUUCGAUUUCGCUUCUUUCCUGGCUUCUCAAACUGACAAUCCAGCUGGAAGGUGCCGUUUCCUUCGAUUCCGAGCAGAUUGAUCCUCGGCAGUUCGUGAAAAAUGUGUGUCCAUUCUGAACGGUCGCCCCUUCUGCUUGCAAACGGCUCGGUUCCAGAUGGAUGUUAGAUAUCAGAAGCUUCACUUCUUGCAGAUAUCCUGCCUGCACUUUAGCUGAAGGAAUAGGUCCUGCAGCUCGGCUGUCCCUUGCUUGGGCAGUUUUCCGAGCCGCCAGUGAACUAGAAUAAGAUUUGUUCGUAAAACAUACACUGACAGAGCUUGAUGAUAAUCAGACGCGUGUGAGUUGGCAUUUAUCAACGUUCCGAAGAUGCCAAUAAUUCCCUGAGAUUCACUGGAACUGACAGAGUGAGAGAGAGGGGAAGCUUUUAUCAAACUCGCUGCAUGAAGAUCCGGUAAAAGUGUCUGUGUGAGCUGGAGACUCAAAAUGCCUAUGCACCCAGUGACUGCGACUUUAAUGUACAGGGGUAUCUAUACCAUCCCUGACAUUCUCACCAACCAGGACCCCAUAGACAUCCCUGAGGAUGAACUGGAAGAGAUCCGCGAGGCAUUUAAAGUCUUCGACCGCGAUGGCAAUGGGUUUAUCUCGAAACAGGAGCUAGGCAUGGCGAUGCGCUCACUGGGCUACAUGCCCAACGAGGUGGAGUUAGAGGUCAUCAUCCAGAGACUGGAUAUGGACGGUGAUGGACAGGUGGACUUUGAAGAGUUUGUGACAUUGCUUGGACCUAAACUGUCAUCAGCUGCCAUUCCAGAAAAGUUCCACGGAACCGAAUUUGAUAAUGUUUUUUGGAAGUGCGAUAUGCAAAGAAUGACAGUAGAAGAGUUGAAGAGACUCCUUUAUGAGGCAUUCUGUGAACAUUUGUCAAUGAAGGACAUAGAAAAUAUAAUCAUGACAGAAGAAGCAGGCCAUGUUGUAAACCCAGAAGAAUGUCCUGUUGACAUUGACACGUGUUCCACACAGCAAAUCAAACAGACGUGCGUCAGAAAGAGUCUCAUCUGUGCGUUCGCUAUCGCUUUCAUCAUCAGUGUUAUGCUCAUAGCAGCAAAUCAGGUGCUGAGAAGUGGAAUGAAAUAAGAGCAACGUCUCUAAUCAGCCUACACCUGGACAAUUCUGAAAAACUAAUAGACGGCAGCCCGAUUGCAUGGUAGUCUUACUGAUUUGGGAGAUCCUGAAGGAACAUCCAGCCUUUACAGAACUACAAGAAAUUAGAUGCAUGAUGAUGCAUGGAUUUUCAAAUGCACGGUGACAUGACAACUUUAAUUUUGUGCAACUUCUACAAUGUUGUUGAACAGCAGCCACAAGGAUAUCACAAAGUGAUAUCACUGGAUAUCACUGGCAGUUUAAAUGUACAGUAUGCAAGACACUGUUGAAUAGGCAUAAGCCUAUGUGAAGACUGGAGCAAUUCCCAUAUUGGCAGAUAGCGAAACCAAGCGUCCUGAUGUAAAGAGGAACAAAAAAGACUGGUGAGUGAAAGGGUUCUGAACACUGUAUUCGCAUUUUCACCUUAGAAAAACAGUCAUGACGCCAGCUGAUCAUUCAUUUUGCGUCAGAAUCUGAUCUUUCAAUGGACUUCAAACAAAUAUAUCACUUCUAAUUCCGUGGCUGCUUGUCAACAAAAAAAUCAAGUCAGUUAGUUAAAAAGUGAAGUUCCAUGUUUUAAUUUGCAUUACACAACUUAACAAUUUUCAAUUAGAUUCAACAUACAAACACGUAAAGUACAUGGUUAAUAUUUGAACAUUGCACAAAUACCAUUUUAAAAAAUUAAUUUUGCAUUGUAGGGUAAUAUGGACAGUUACAGGUAGGGAGAUUAUCAGAAAUCAAUUAAACUUGUAUAGAGCUGAGUUUUAAAUAGUACCAGUUAUCCCUUUGUAAUUAUCCUGUAUUUACUCACAAAACAAUAUGUCAGCAAAUGUAAAGAAAAUGUCUGUCCCAUCAACUAGUAGAUUUCAACAUUAAGUACAAUGGUUUUUUACAGCAAUAUUAGAGAUGUAACUUCCUAAAAUAGCAAGGGUCACAAAUAUAAGACCCAUCUACCUGACUUGAUAGAGAAAAGAAUAUUACCCUUUCCCAGAUCAAGCUUUUGUGCUUCCUUUUCCAAAAAUAAGUAAGACAGCUUGUUCUACCUGAAACCCAGCUUUCACUCUGUCACCACAUUUAAGGAGGAAAUUAAUGGCAAUGUUAGAGGCUUGGAAUCAUUCUCAAUUUGUCAGAAUGCAGUUUCCAUGCCCCUACCCUCAAGUCAACAAUUUUAAAGCACUUUUACUUUUUUUAGCAAAAUAUGCUAUGAGGAAAUCUAGCUUGUUGCUUUAUUAAAAUUGCACAGAUAUAUUUUUGCACAGUUUACUAUAGUAACUUCUAUUCAUUCAUGGAAGAAAGAGAAACAAGUUUAUGAGGUACAGGGUGAUAUUUCCAGCAUUGGAUUUUGUUGCCACUGUUGACGGUGUUUGCUAUGUGAACAUAAGGAACCCAAGCCAAACUGUUGGAGGUUUCAGGGUCCUAACGACUUCUAAGAAGAGAAAGGAUACUUUUAUUUAUUACAUUUAAUAGACUUGAUAGGAAAUUAUAAUCUGCAUUGGAAGAUGGUUGACAGCCAGCAGUGUGGUGCGAUAUAAUAAAGAGACGUGGAUUAAGUGUGAGAUAGCAACCUUUUCCUUCCAGAAAAACAAUCAAACAUAAAUAAUCCAAAGUCACUCAAAUGGGUAGAAAUUACAGAAAUGGCAGGGUAAGAAAAAGUUUGAGAACAGAUAGAAAAUUAAUAUUAUACUUCUAAAAUACUACUUUAUUUUAUCUCAACAAGGCAUCAAAUGCUUAUUUAAUAAAACUGAAAGCAAAGCAUAAUCACUUCAAUCUAUUAUUAAUAUUUUAAUCUAUUUAUUAUAGUCCUGACAAUCUUCAUAUUUCAUAGAAAAUCUGGAGGUACACAAAGACUAAUGAAAUAACACAUUACACUAUAGCAAAUGACUCAGGUUACAUGACAGUUAAUGUUGGUGGUUUAGGUUUAAGUGUGAAGAUCUAGCACUGUCAAUGAUUUAGCGUAGUAGAAUCGCCAACAACCACUUCUCUAACCGAUAGUUUUAAAUAUACAUUAAAAAGUCAUCAGCACAUUUUUGCUUAGGGAUGUAUUUGUGCAAGACUGGUUAGCUCAGUUGGCUGCACAGUUAGUCGGUGAUAAAGAGUGAUGCCAACAGCAUGGGUUCCAUUCCAACACCAGCCGAGGUUACCAAGAAGGACUGUCCUUCUCAAUCUUUCUCCUUCAAUGAGGCAUGGUAACACUUAGGUUAAACAACCAAGCAAACAUCUCUCUAAUGAGAGAGACCAGCUUUGUGGUUUGGUAGGACUUUGGCAACUUUACAUUGCAUUUGCUGAAAGCAAACAUGGGGGAAAAUGAUGCAGUCAAAAGGAAACAAGAUUUCUCAGUACCUGCUUUGAUAGAGGAAAGAACAUCAACCUUUCCCUGAUCAAGCUUUGUACUUCAAUUUCCAAUAAUAAGUAAGACGACUUGUUUUACCUGAAACCCAGCUUUCAUUCUGUCACCACAUUUAAGGCGGAAAUUAAUGGCAAUGUUAGAGGCUUGGAAUCAUUCUCAAUUUGCCAGAAUGCAGUUUCCAUGUCCCUACCCUCAAGUCAACAAUUUUACAGUACUUUUAUUUUUUCGCAAAAUGUCAAAGGACAAAGGCGUAGAUUUAAGUCUUUUUAAAGCCUCAAUUUAAUACCUUAAAUAGCAAUGAGAGGAGAAAUGAUUUCUUGUAACAAUUAAAAAGUUUAUCAUUUUAUAUUCUACUAGAAGCAAAAUUCAAGAUAGUAUUGCAAGUGUCUGAAAUUCCAAAUGUUUCUGAAUAGUUUACCACACUUUUUAUCUCAACCAGCAAGCUGUUCCAUAAUCUUGUGAGUUAUUACAUUUUUGGCAAUGAAGUUGUCUGUUUCAUGGUUGUUUGGUACCAUCCAGUGGAUAAUGCGUAUUAAAGAAAGUGAUUUUCAAACUGUCAGAAGCACAGAAUUUUAGCGUUAUGAGCACUUCCUUAACCCCUGAAAAUGAAUUGCAUAACACAUAUUCAUAUGUGAUCUCUUUCUCUGUUAUUUUGGUGGCAGCAUUAAUGCAUUACUUUGAAGAAAUGAAUUGCCCAGCUAAAAUAGUACAGAGAAAAGCUCAGACAGACACAUUAAUAUUCCAAAGUGUAAAUUCAAAGCCUCUGAAAUGAGGCUCCCCGUGAUGUUCAAGUACUAACGUUACACAGCUAGAAUAAAUUGUUCCAAAGCCUUCUUUGCAUCUGUCCACCAAAAACAAGCUAAUCUUGACAGAAGCUUUUGUUUUACAAGUUGUCUUGUGAGCAGUCCAGUUAUUCAGCUUUCAUGUUGCUGAGAGAAUGGGAUUAAUUUGCUCAGAAUGUGGACUACAGGUGGCCAACAGCAUCGCACACAAAGCUGUUCAGCCCUGUGAUGUUCUUCCUAGGCACACAAAGUGAAGAUUAGUUGUCUACGAUUGGCAUUAUUGGGCCCUGACUUACAUACAGUACUUUGACUAACUAUCCUCUGUAGUCAGUGAUCUGAAUUGCUUAUACAGAGGAUUCUGGAUAUAUGUACAUAACCACAGUGAUGGUAACAGUCAUAGUCAUAGAGUUAUACAGCACGGAAACAGAUCCUUUGUUCCUAGUCUUCCACGCUGACCAGAUAUCCUAAACUGAUCUAGACCCAUUUGCCACCAUUUGGCCCAUAUCCCUCUAAACCCUUCCUAUUCGUGUACACAUCCAGGUAUCAUUAAAUGUUGUAAUUGUACCUGGCUGCGCCAUUUCCUCUGGCAGCUCAUUCCAUACACGCACGACCCUCUGCUUGAAAAAGUUGCCUUCAGUUCCCUGUCAAAUCUUUCCCCUUCCUCUUUAAACCCCUGCCCUCUAGUUUUGAACUCGCCUAUCCUGGGAGAAAGACCUUGUCUAUUCACCCUAUCCAUGCCUCUCAUGAUUUUAUAAACUUCUAUAAUGUCACCCAUUGACCUCUGGUACUCCAGGGAAAAUAGCCCCAGCCUGUUCAGCCUCUCCCUGUAGUUCAAACCCUCCAACCCCAGCAACAUCCUGGUAAAUCUUUUCUGAGCCCUAUGGAAUUUAGCAACAUCUUUCCUGUGGCAGGGAGACAAGGGCUGAACGUAGUAUUCCAAAAGUGGCCUAACUAAUGUCCUGCACAGCUGCAACAUGACAUCCCAACUCCUAUGCUCAAUUCACCAACCAAUAAAGGCAAGUGUACCAAACACCUUCUUCACUACCCUGUGUACCUGCAGCUCCACUUUCAAGCACCCUGAGGUCUCUUUGCUCAGUAACACUCCCCAGGGACCUACCAUGAACUGUGUAAGCCCUGCCCUGAUUUGUCUUGCCAAAAUACAGCUCUAAAUGAGCUCUAAAAUUUGUUCAUUCUUCCUGUGCAUUAACUGGAAGAGCCAGUGACAUCCAUCACCUAAGGAUGUGUUCUGUAACUCCAAUGGCAUCUACAGUGGGCUACUUACUCUGCUAAGCCACUCUAAGUAUUGAAUAGGGAUAUCACAAUACAGGUAAUAUCACAGAGAAAGCUUAACGUAAGAACUAUACUGCACCAAAGUGUGCUCCAUGCAAUAUAUUUCUUUCUCUGCAUUAAUAGAUACAAAAUACACUUUAGGGAAGUGUAUGCUUUAUUUGAUAAAAUGUUUUACAUUUACCUUUGUGUAGAAAAUGUGACUUAAACCAUAGCACCAGUUUUUCUUCAUCCCAGCCAGGGCUGCUAACAUUAGUUUUUAAUGUCUUUGAUUUUGUAUCUUGUAUGUCCCCAUUAAUACAUAAUGAAUAGAACAACUGUAUCAUAUCAAAUUAUGUUAAAAUUGUGCAUAAGUGUGAUGUAUAAUUUACAAUGUCAAUAGUUAGUUAAGUCCUACAAAUGUUCAGGUAACGGUGAUUGCAUACAGAAAAUAUACUGUCUGUGAGUAAGGCAUUUCACUGUCCUAUAAUUCAUGAAGUGUGAACUUAAAUUUAUAUUUACAGACUUGCUGAAAAUGUAAAACAAAUGCUAUCGUCCCCUUCUUGUAAUUCCUAUACAAAAUACUAAUCUACAAAUAUCUAUAUCACUUAUGCACAUCCAAAGUUCAACUCAAUAGAAAUGUUGUUAUGUUGCAAUAGUAUAUAUAGUCUACAUUGUUUCCAGGUGUUUGUUUGUGUGUAGUGAACUGUGUCUGGUUGAAUUAGUGCUGAAUUUAGAAUUCAGGCUGUUUUCGUAGUCCAACAAAAUCCGUCCAAACAGUGAGAACAGGAUUAAUUUAAAGAGCAGUAUGUGCAGCAGAUAAGGUCACAUCUCUGGCAUAAAGACUAGAAGUAAAUAUUCAUAUGCAGGAAAAUAUAUCAGACUUACCCUGCCAACUAGUUGUUUUGUUCCCAGGCUGCAUAAUAUUUGCAAGACUUGAUGAAAACCAUAAUAUCAAACCAAAUCUUAGAAGACUUUGCAUUUCAUAUGAGAGACUCACUGCCACUCACGUUUAUUUCAUAUCAUUUGAUGGUUGACUUUUUGAUUUUCUAAAAACAGAUUUUUUUGUUUAAUUUAGCCAUCUGUCUUGAUCUUUAAUUCAUCAAAGAUAAUUUGACUUGUAAACACAGUGAAUUGAAAAAGGAACUGUCUUAUUUGGGAGCAGCCUUUUCUCACACAUUUGUGCUCAUUGCGACAUUUUCAAUUAUCAACAUGAUUUUGAAAUCUGGAAGAAGAAACAACGUUCGAGUAUUCCAUUCCCAUUGCACUUUCUGGGCUGCACCAGAGACACCAAUAAUGAUUUUGACGGUCUCAUUAUUGAUUGCAAUAUGUUAAAAGCAUAAAGGCUUCAGGCAGAGGUUAAUUGGGACUUCAAUAAUGAUGAUUCAUAGUUGUCAGAAAAGUGGCCAUAUGUCAACAACUAAUGGAUUCCAAGUCAUACACACAGAAAGCAUUGGAAAAUGACAUAGUCUUUUACUAUGCAAGAUGCUGUUAGGUGGUAUAUCCUAAAAUGAACAAUAUGUUGAAAGGGCUCCUCAUUAUUACUGUACUUCCCUGAAUAAACAAAGGGAAAGUGUAUUAGUUUUAUUAAAUGUUGCUAACUAAUGGGUAAUAAAAUGCUUAAACAAAAUGUAAUUUGCAAAUAUGUAAAGUUAUAUUUUUUAAGCAACGGAAACCUUUUUGUUGAUCUUUAAGAGGUGGGCUUUACUGUAGAAUUAAACAUCAUUUUAUUUCCAAGUUCUGUUCCAGGCAGCUUUCAGUUCAAGCAAUGGAAGAUGUUCUCUUGAAAUCACUUUGAGGGGAGAUUUUUGCAUUUCCACAGUCAAAGUACAUUAGUGCACUUUAACAACUUGGUGUUAUGAUACAGUUUUCUCCUACACGACAGAUCUUUUAAUAAGUGGAUAAUAGGUUUGGCUCUCCUGUACCAUAAAAACUUUUUAGUAUAUGUCAAAUGGUGAACACUGUGAAGUCAGACCGACCAAUUUAUCCUUUCAUUGUAAGCGGACGAGAUGACAUGCCUGGGAUUAGGAGCUGGGAAACGAACCAAAUCUCUUUGGCUGACUUGAUAGUCAAACAUAAAAAGAGCAGGCAGCACUUGUGGAAUGAGAAACAAAGCUACCAGGCUAAGAUUUUGAUUCUUGGGUCAGGACCCUGGGACCAAGUAAACUGGAUGCCUGCUUUAUGUGAGAUAUAGACACAUAGAGUGAUUUUCCCUGAACUGACUGAUUAGUGGACUGCCCAAUCAAGAAUGCUGGGAAAUGUCUUGAGGCUGGAGGACUGAUAUGAAGUCAGGAAAAGUAGCUGCCUGCCUUUCACAUUGGGAGAGAGAGAGCACUGCUGUGUUGAGAUAUACUCUCUGCAACUUUGAUAAGAUUUCAAAUAGCAAACAGUUACAGCAGCCCAGAUCAUCAGCAAGGAGGAGAAAGACUUUCCAGCUUUUGGAGGGUCUUUGGACACGGCUGUAGGUGGAGUGCUCCUCAAAGUCUGCCCAAUUCAUGGAUCCACUCAGUUUGUCAACUAGGCGGCCACUUUCAGGCAGCUGAUCUUGUCUGCAGCUCCUCAGGGGUUUCAGUCAGCCUCUGUUAACUAGGUGACUUUUCAAUUAGCCUGACUUACCAUAGCACCAUGAACAACAUGGCUCAGGAGCCUGACAGGGGCAGAAAAGUGAUGCUGUAAACAUUUGUGUAGCUCCAAUUCCCCCAACUCCACCAUGCCUUGGUUUGCACCCUCAUACGGAGGCGAAUGCCUUGCCCAAAAUUUCAAAUUUUGAAGCUUUUGCCAAGUUCUGACUCCAUUUCCAUGGAUGCUGCCUGACCUUUCCAGCAUUUUCUGGUUCUUGACCAAAAAGCAUAUACUCAUUUCAAUGGUAAUAGCUUCAGUUCUCAAUAAUCAUCUGUGUCUUUAUCCAACAAAAUAACAACCCAAAGUUUCUGUAGCUCCCCCCACACCAGAAGGUUUGGCUAGUCCUGUACCUUCAGCACUUAGACUGAGAAUUUGCCACCAUAAUAGUUUCUUUAAGUUGCAAGGUCUGUAAAACAAACUCAAUGGACAGCAAUGUCGUGGAGUCAGUGUCACUUCCCAAUACAUUGUAAAGGAUUUUGUUGCAUUUGUUAUUUUACACUGCUUUUACCACCAGUGUAAUUUAUACUGGUAGUGGAGGGGGCCUAAGGUGUGGGCUUUGAAAUUAUUUCGUCAGAUAAUUUCAUUUGAAUGUUUAAUGUAUUCAUCUGAAAGUCCACUCUACUAUUUUAAUGGAGGCAAUCAGCUGUUUAUGAAAAUGGGUUUAAUGUCUUUGGAGGUUACUGAAGAAUUUCAGACAAACACUAAUAAGUAACUCCAGCGCAAUGUAAUGUCAAUGCCACAAUAUUAUCAUUGAACUGAGUCACAGCAAGUGAAAUAAAGAUGGAUUUGGAUGGUAGUUUUAACAAGCAACGUGGAUGAAUUUUAAUUGCUGAAAAAUACAAAAAUUAAAUGUUAAGUGGAUUUGACUUCUAACAAAGACCAAAAAAACUCUUUAAAUUGUUAUG